GUCUGUCUCCGGCAGAGCUUUCUGCGCUGUUGCGGCUGUUCAAGCGCCGAGACAGGCAGAACCGGAAAGAAAACAAGGACCGCCCACCGGGUGGCGAGCUGCGGGAGGCGUGGGCAUGGGAGAUGCCGUACUCCUUCGCGCAGCAGCUGCAGGCCACGUGCUUCGCUUCGGGCGCGGCCCAGGAGGCGCUGCAGGCGGUGCGGGACGCGCUGAAUACGAAGCGGUGGCGGUUCCACUGGGGGGAGCUGCAGGCCUCCUGGCGGCGCCUGGUGCUGGACGCGGCGCUGCUGCAGCGCUGCGAGGAGUCCGACUGCCUCCAACUCCUCCGCGCCAGCCGCGGCGCCGCCGGGCCGCUGCCGGGGGAGGUGGAGACGCAGCUGGCGGACUGCCAGGCAGAGUUGCAGCAGCUGCUGUCCUCCGACGCCGUCGAGAUGUCGGCCACGGCUUUCGCCACGUGGCUCGCCCAGCAGCAGCUGCCGUUGGCGCCCGUAACGCUCUUUGCCGCCGCGCGGGUAGAGCCUGACAGCGUUCAGGAGCGCAGGGGUCUGCUGAAGAAGGACAUCUGUGAGGUGCAAGCGGUGGAAGGUUCUGCUGGGGGCUUUGUUCGCUUUGCGAGCGCCUUUCCUUCGGCGCCCAGCCUCAUCCACAUUUGCGCCACAGAGGCCACUUGGACACUGCGGCUCCAAGAUCUCACAGAGAGGGGUAUGACUCUUCAGCUCUCGCCCCUUGAAGUUGGACUUGAUUGGAAGGACGAGCUUCAACUGGUCUACUCCGCCGGAACUUGCACGGGCAUCCUGCACGCAGGGCCGGGCUCGGGAUCGCGCAGCCUCCAGGCCUACUUCAUCCCGCGGCUGUCGCGGGCACCGGAGACGGUGGUGGUGCAGAGCUUUUUGAGGAAAAAGACCCGUGGAACGGAGGGAACGGCGGGAAAGGGAGCGGACACGAGCCCAAGCCCAGAGGUUGUCACUUGUCAGUUGGGCGCCUUCGGCAUAGCUUGCGGCAAGCUGCCGGGGGACGGCCUCUCUUUGCGCUUAGUGCGCCGUGAGGAUGAGGAUGGCAAGGCAGCAAGUGAGGUGCAGCUGGGAGGGGUGGCGUUAGAGCUCAAUGCUUCGGGUGCUGAAGUGCAAGUGAGGGCUCGGUGGUCGCCCACCUUGCCGCGCGUGUCCCGCCCCGGUCCUGCAACUGUGGCAGACGAGGGCGAGUGGCCAGUGGUGGUGGCACGUCCCACAGCCCGAGGCUUCGCAGUGUGGCUGCGCCCGGAGCAGCUUGGGGGCCUGCGCUACGAGGCGCGGUGCGCGGAGCCGCUGCUACACGCGGAGCCGCUGCAGCGCUGGGCGCCGCUGCCGGAGGUGCCCAACGAGGCGCAGGAGGACCGGGCGCUGCGAGACCGGCAGCAGGCUGAGCCGAACGAGGCUCGGGAGAAGCCGGCGAAGCGCACCACGCGAAGCUCGCAAGGCAUCAAGCCGGACCUUGCCGAGGUCCUUCAGUGCAUAGAGACCCUGUAUGUGGACAAGUUGAAGCCUUUCGGCCGAAUCCUGCGAAAGCGUGUGGCUGAACGACAUGUCCAGAACCACGUUGACCGACCUUUCGUUCCAGGUUCAAACUUGGAAUUGCCAGACGUGGAUAUCAAGCACCUGAAAGGAGUGUGCGAAGCCUCUGAUUUGCUAGACAUCUCGCCGGAGGAGGGUGGUGACUGGUCCGCGACCUUCAAGGGCCGCAGUCAGCGCUUCGUGGAUAUCUACAGCCCCUUCGACGACUACUCCCCUGUGGUUUGGCAGGCCGCUAAACAGUAUUUUGAAUGCCUGCCAGAAGAAGAAGCAUUGCUGCCAGGUGGCCGCUACUCCUGCGCACAGGCUCUAGUGCAGCGACACCUGCCCUUCCUCAGCGGCUUCUCCCUCGGAGAGGUCUGCCACCUUGUGCAGCUGGCCAUCUCCAAGCACAAGAUCCUAGGUUACUGUAACGGCGCCGUUGUGCCUUACAGCCGCUCUCAGUCUCGAGUCAAGGAGGAGUGCGCCGAGUCGCAGCAGCCGUGCGCCCAGGCGCCCAAGGAAGACCAAGACAAGGCGCUGUCCUUGGCGUCCCUGGAGAAGGCACGCGAGUGCCUGCGCGAGAUCUUGGAGAAUGCCGAAGUGCCGGGUGUCCAUGGGCCAUCAAUGAUCCCACUGUCCAACGUGAAGCGACUCUUCAGGUCAAGAUACCAAACAGAGCUCAGCGAGACGGCUCUGGGCCACUCAAAGCUUUCGGAGCUCCUGCAAGACCAGCGCUUCUCUGACAUUUGCGAGGUGCAACUGCAGGGCCAAGGCUACAUUGUGGUGCAGAGGGAGAAGAAGCCGAAGGAUCGAGACACAGUGGUGAGGUACACCGGCGGUCCCAUAGGGCCCUCGGAAAGCAAGGAGGACACGGAAGGCCUCGAGAGCCUGGCAGUGGACUGCGCAUUGACGCCUGUUUUAAGCGACAAGUUUGGAGACCGCGAGCUUCGUGAGAUGGACGAGGAUAUGCCGCCGCCAACUCCACUGCAGCCGACACCUUUGGCUUCUCCUGGCACGGCCACGCCCAACACGGCCAGCAGGUGGCCUGUGUACAACCUCUGGCCCUUCCAGAUGCACGCCCACCUUUGGGGCGAAGCGCCACCUCUGCCGCUUGGAGGCAAGAUUUGCACAGAGACCAACCCUGGUGACACAGACAGCACUGCAGACAGCGCACGGUCCGGCGAGCGGCCAGUUCCGCACAGCCCCGCGCCCUCCUCAGGCAACUUGGCGGAGGCGCACAGUCCGGAGGAUGCUCCCAUGAAGGUUGAGCUGAGCAUCCUGCAGCGUAUGCAUGCUGCUGUACCAGAUCUAGACGAGGAGGAACCUCGAGCACGAAUCCCGUUCUGUCCAGGCGAGCCGCUGACGCUGGAGGACGUGUGUGACCGACCGCCCGGGCUGCAACCGGCAGAUCAGGUGAAGAACACCUUCAUCCAUUCAGCUGCCACACCUUUGGUGACGCCCGAACCAGGAGCCUACAGGAGGUCGCAGUCUGUGCCGAAGGAGGUUGGCCAUGGCUGCGGCGAGGCUGAGAUGCCGUCUGGCCAUGACACCUCUUGCGGCGUGGUUCCAUCUCCUGCAUUUCUGCCUCCGCCGACACCGAGCUCCCCUUUGUUCUCUCGAGGCUACGAGGCCAAGCAGCUGGACCACCGUGCGUCGAACAGAGUCAUUCGCUUGGCAGAGUUGAUUUGA